UUAACGCAGAACCAUAAUUCAGGUUUAAAGCAGCCUUCAGGUGCCUCUCUGUCAUUCCAAACAUGGCUGCAUCGAAGAAAGCACUGUUUGCAGCUGCUGUUGCAGCUCUCGGGAUGUUAGUUGGAUUUGCCUUUCACAGACUCAAGGCGGUGUCGCUUUUCUCCAGAGAAAUGCCUGUGAAACACCUCAAGUGCCAUUAUUUAAGGAAUAUUGAGUACGGAGCGGAGGACAUCACUAUACUUGAUGGACUGGCCUUCAUGAGCACAGGGUUGAAGUAUCCAAUGCUGCCAUGGUUCUCUGAUGAUCCAGGAAAGAUGUACAUGUUGGAUCUUCUCCACCCAAGGCCAACUCCAGUGCAGCUGCAGAUCAAAGGAGAACUGGAGCUCAGCUCCUUCAACCCACAUGGCAUCAGCGUAUACAAGGAUGAAGCAGAUGAUGCUGUGUAUUUGUUCGUGGUGAAUCACCCUGAGCACAAAAGCCAGGUGGAGAUCUUUCGUUUUGUCGAGGAGGACACUCUUGUACACUUAAAAACUAUUACUCAUCCCUUACUGCACAGUGUGAAUGACGUUGUCGCAGUUGGACCAGAGCAUUUCUAUGCCACCAAUGAUAAGUAUUUUCACAAUCAUGGGCUUCAAUUCCUGAGCAUAGUGGUGGGUCUGCAGUGGAGUAACGUGGUGUACUACAGCCCCGGGGAAGUCAGGGAGGCAGCUGCUGGGAUUCAGUCCGCAAAUGGCAUCAACAUAUCCCCGGACAAACGGUAUAUUUAUGUCUCAGAUAUCAUGGAUCACGAGGUAGAUGUUUUUGAGAGACGAGAUGGUGAACAGUUGGUGUACGUUAAGUCUGUGAACGUUGGAUCACUUUGUGACAACAUCGAGGUGGACCAGAAGACAGGUGACCUGUGGCUAGGGUGUCAUCCAAAUGGCAGUAAACUGACAGAACAGCUGGAUCCUGAAAAUCCACCUGGUUCUGAGGUCCUGAAGAUCAAGGACAUUCUCUCGGAGCGGCCAGUGGUGACCUUGGAGUACGGUGACGACGGCCGUGAGCUCAUGGGCUCCACUGUAGCAGCCGUCUUCGAAGGAAAGUUGCUUAUUGGCACGGUGUUCCACAAGGCUCUGUCCUGCGACCUGAGAUGAUCGCUACACUCUGUAUCUACAAUAUAUCUUUUUGACUGUUGGAAUUUUGUAUCAGUCUGCAGAGAUGCAAGAUGAAAAUAUCUUUAUUUGCUGCUUGCAAAGAGAUGAUUUACAUUGGCUCACUGAGUGCAGCUAAUAUGAAAAAAAAACAAUAAAAUGUUGUAUUUGGUUAGAAAUUUUACAUUUUUAUAAUUUAAUGCAAUAAAAAAAGAUGAAAGUUGACACAAAUGUGAUGAAAGUUUAAACUAAUAGGGCAUUUUGUGAGAACAGUUCCUUAUUUUGCAGGUUUAAUGCCACCACAAACAGCACCUCAACUCUUCUCUUUGUGGAUCAAUAAAUCUUCUUUUACCCUUUGUCAA